GGCAUCAGAGAAUCUCGCUCGAGCCUUCAGAUGCUUGCAGGCGAUUUGGACGGUUCCUCCUGUGAAUGUGUGUGGUUUUACUUUGAGUGUUGUAAACUAUAUAAACUGCAUCUGAGAAGCUCAGCACAUCAUCACCGACCUGACAACACAAGGAGAGAAUUAAAAAAAACAAAACACCACCGAAAUCCUCCCGGGAGAAGAGACAGAGCAGCCGCGUGAGCCACCCGGACAUUUAACCGAACAUAUUUCCAGGGGGAUGGUGGUCCCGUACGAGGCCCAGUCUUUCUCUGCACUAAGGAGGGAGUGUCAGCAGAAUGGACGUCUGUUUGAAGACCCUCUGUUCCCCACGUCCGACCAGUCUCUGUUCUACCAGAGCAACCAAAUCGGCAGAGUCACCUGGAAAAGGCCUAAGGAGUUAUGCAGCGACCCCCAUCUGUUUGUGAACGGCAUUAGUGCCCACGACCUGCACCAAGGCCAGCUGGGAAACUGCUGGUUUGUAGCCGCCUGCUCCAGUCUGGCCUCCAGAGAGGCACUAUGGCAGAAGGUGAUUCCUGACUGGAAGGACCAGGAGUGGCAUGAAGACAAACCGGAGUCCUACGCCGGGAUCUUCCACUUCCGGUUCUGGCGGUUUGGUGAGUGGGUGGACGUGGUGAUCGAUGACCGGCUGCCCACGGUGAACGGACAGCUGGUGUACUGCCACUCCAACGACAGCAACGAGUUCUGGAGUGCGCUGGUGGAAAAGGCCUACGCCAAGAUGAGCGGAUGCUAUGAGGCACUGGAUGGGGGCAACACGGCUGAUGCGCUCGUGGAUUUCACCGGAGGCGUAUCGCAGCCAAUGGACUUGGUGGAGAACGGGUUCAAAGACGAUGAAGAGAAACGCAACGAGCUGUUCGAGAGAGUUCUGAAAGUCCACGACAGAGGAGGACUCAUCAGCUGCUCAAUCCGGGCAACCAGUGCAGCAGACAUGGAGGCCAGGCUGGACUGCGGCCUGGUGAAGGGUCAUGCCUACGCGGUGACGGAUGUCCGCAGGGUGAGGCUGGGCGAAGGCCUGCUGGCCUUCUUCAGGUCAGAGAAACUCACCAUGAUCCGCAUGAGAAACCCCUGGGGACAGAGAGAGUGGAACGGGCCCUGGAGCGACAGCUCUGAAGAGUGGAAGAAGGUCAGUAAGAGUGAGAGGGAGAGGAUCGGUGUCACUGUGCAGGAUGAUGGAGAGUUCUGGAUGACAUUUGAUGACUUUAUCGCUAACUUCACAGACCUCAUCCUGUGUCGUCUCAUCAACACAUCCUACCUGAGUUUCCAUAAGACCUGGGAGGAGGCUGUGAUGCGGGGCUCCUGGCGCCGCCACGACAACCCGCUUCUUAACCGAGCCGGGGGCUGCAUCAACAACAAGCAGACCUUCCUCCAGAACCCACAGUACGUGUUUGACGUGAAGAAGCCGGAGGACGAGGUACUGAUCUGUCUGCAGCAGAAAGACCGCAGAGCCACACUGAGAGGGGGACGAGGAGAAAACCUGGCUAUUGGCUUCGACAUACACAGGGUGGAGUUAAACAGGAUCUACCGUAUGCAUGUCACCCAGCAGAAGGUUGGUGGGAGCAUCUACAUCAACUCGAGGUCUGUGUUCACACGCAUCGACCUGAAAGAGGGACGGUACGUCAUUAUACCCACAACCUUUGACCCUGCCCUGGAGGGAGACUUCCUGCUCCGCAUCUUCACCGAUGUGCCCUCCAACUUCAAGGAGCUGACUCUAGAUGAGCCUCCACAGACCUGCUGGUCCGGGCUGUGUGGUUAUCCCUCUCUGGUCACUCAGGUCCACAUACUGAAGGCUAGUGGACUCGCAGGACAAGACUCUGAUGGAGUGUCGGACCCCUACGUGAUAAUUCGUUGCGAAGGAAAGAAAGUUCGCUCUCCUGUCCAUAAAAACACAUGCAACCCAGCCUUCGACACCAAGGGGCUCUUCUACAGGAAGAAAGCCAAGCAGCCAAUCAGCAUCGAGAUCUACAACCACAACGUGUUGAUGGAUUCCUUCCUGGGUCAGGUGACGUUGCCAGGUGAGCAAGGCGAUUUCCAGCAGACGCUUCACCUGAGGGACAAGGGCGGUCGCCAAGACAACGACCUCCCCGGAACCCUCACUGUCGCCAUAGUGACCAGCACGGUGCUCACCAACAUCUGAGACAGACCACGAGAACCGUCCAGUCAGGGUUGAUUCAGCUGUCCGAUCUGUUGCUCUUUUUUUAAUUAAAGUUUACCAAAUUACCAGUUUACCACAAAAUGUGUGUGUGCCUAUAAGAGUAAAUAUUCGGCAGGAACAGAGGGUUUACUUUACUUUAGUAGGUCUGUAAAGAUCAUCAGAGGAGGUGAUGAAAAAUAUGAUGCCCCUAAAUGUUUACAAAAUGAUUUACAGUACCUGUAUUGUUGUAAACAUGUCUGUGAAAGAAAUUGCAAAUGAUCUCAGCUAUCUUAUAAACACUGUUUACAGCUCUUUAGAUUAGCUUUUCCUCUUAGCAGCUCUCAUGUUGCGUCUAUCAACCACUACUUAGUGUAAUUUUUAUUCUACUGUUUAAUCUGUUUUAUUCUAAUUUAGCUUGUUAUCUUAUAUUUUAAUUUACUCUAUGUAUGUAUUUUUAUAUUGUCUUUUUAUAUCGCCUUGUUUCUUUUGUAUCUUGUCUUAAUGCCUUUCAUGUCUUAAAUAUAUAUAUAUAAUAAACACUUUACAGACACAUUAA